GAAGUUGAAGCCCUUGAGCAAGGACAGAGUCUCCCAAGCGAACCCAAAGAACAGAGCAAUGCUGAGCCUUCCCACACUUACUUUCCCCCCAAAGCCCUUAUCUAUAAUCCCAAAAUCAAGCUUCUCCGGUAUCCAAAUCCGCCAAAAAUGUCCCGUUUCAGUUCUCCUACCCUCCAUCAAAAUGACACGGUCUUCUGUAAUAAUGAUGGCUAAGAAAGAAGAAGAACUGAAGGAAAUAAGGGCCAAGACAACUGAGGAAAUUAAUGAAGAGGUUGUUGAUCUUAAAGGUGAACUCUUGAUGCUUCGUCUUCAGAAAUCUACACGUAAUGAGUUCAAGUCUAGUGAGUUUCGCCGUAUGCGCAAAAGGAUUGCUCGCAUGCUUACUGUUAAGCGGGAAAGAGAGAUUGAGGAGGGGGUUGGGAAGAGGCUGUCAAGAAAGUUGGACAGGCAAUGGAAGAGAAGCAUUGUUGUUAGACCACCUCCAUCCUUGAAGAAAUUGCAAGAGGAAGAGGCAGCUGCAGAAGCUGAAAAAUCUGCUUGAGCCAAUUGCAUUGUAUUAUUCCUCAAUGAAUUUGAUGUAAUUUCAUGACAUAGGAGGAGCAGCAUCCUCCUUCACUGAUUGCGUAAUUUUUCCUCCCGGUCCCUUUAUUCUUCCCUUUGCCUUAUACUUGGCCUUUUCUUCUUUAGCAAAGUACUGAUUAGUCUAAUAGCUUGCUUGAAUGUUACUAUUGAGCAACAGGAAAAGAAAAUUCCUCAUAAUAUUGUUUUAUUCCUAAA